CCAUUUGGGCGCGUCACGAAACAAAAAUCAAACUGCUUUGUUUUUAUUUUGAUAAUUUUCUCAUAGAUUUAGAGUUUGCGUAAUGUUUCGAAGCAAAUAUUCAGUUAUUUGGAUGCACGUAUAUACAGGGAUAUGCGAGGAAUAAUACUUGUACUUCUAUGCGCAGGCAUAAUCCAAACUAAUGCACAAGAAGGAUAUCCACAUGACUGCCCCAACAUUCCACCAGCAUUCAUUCAGGUGUUCUGUGGCAACCCCGACAACCCACGCGAGUGUAUCUUAGAUUCAUGGCUCUGCGAUGGAGGAGCUGAUUGUGAGAAUGGAGCUGAUGAAUCUGAUGCUACGUGUGCUGCAGGAAAUGCAUGUGAUUCAUCGCCAUGCCUCAAUGCUGGGACGUGCAAUAACAUCCCUCCUGUAGAGGGCACCUCAGUUGGUUAUUUCAUCUGUCAAUGCCGCCCUGGCUUUUCUGGGGUGAGGUGUGAGGUAGAGGGUGAGGUUACGACAGGUUCUGGGGAAGAGGUAACAUCUCAUUUCAAUAGUACCACCACCCUCAUGUCAACAUUAAAAUCUAGUACCACAACUGAGAAAACUAGUACCACAACAGUUAAGCCAAGCACCACAACAGUAAAACCAAGCACCACAACAGUUAGAAUAAGUACCGCAAUAGAGAAGUCUAGUACCCCAACAUCAAAACCAAGCACCACAACAAUACAGCCAAACCCCACAACAGUAAAACUAAGUACCACAAUAGAAAAGUCUAGUACAACAACAUCAAAACCAAGUGGAUCUACUCAGAAAGUAACUUCAAAACCUGAUGUUGUAACAUUAGCCCCAGUAACAUCCCUACCCCCUGUAGAUGCAUCAGUGUGCAGCCCUGACCCAUGCAGUAAUGGUGUGUGUACCCCUCUCAGAGAUGGCUUCCAUUGUAACUGCAGGCCAGGGUAUGCAGGAAAGCAGUGUGACGAGGGUGUUAACGCAUGUGCCUCUCAGCCUUGUAAGAACCAAGGGACAUGCUCUAUAGCAUCAGAGGGAGGGUUCCAAUGUUUGUGUAGAGAUGGGUUCACAGGGCGUCAAUGCCAGGAGGAAUAUAACGAAUGCAUUAGUAAUCCAUGCAAGAACCAGGCCACAUGUAAGGACCAAGAGAAUGGAUUCCUGUGUGAAUGUGCACCAGGGUGGGAGGGUGCAGUUUGCCAGUUUAGUGUAAAUGACUGUAGUUCAAAUCCCUGUAUGGGUGGGGCACCAUGUGUAGAUGGCCAUAACGCAUACACAUGUAGUUGCCCUAGUAACCUGGCUGGAAAGCAUUGUGACAGACAACAACUCUGCCCGCAAGGUGAUCCAUGCAAGAACUUUGCUGUGUGUUCAGUGGACCCUGAAGGAGACCCUGUGUGUUCCUGUCUGCCUGGUUAUUCAGGGCUGAACUGUGAAAUAGACCGUGAUGAAUGCAUCAGCAACCUAUGUGGAGCUAAUGGUCAGUGUUUAGAUGGAUCUAAUAGUUUCACAUGUGAAUGCAAUGAGGGAUUCACAGGCCUUACAUGUCAGACUGAAAUUGACCCUUGUGAACCUAACCCAUGUGAAAACUCAGGCUUUUGCUGUCGGAAGGGAAAGGCUUAUUGUGGUAGUCAUUUAGCAAUAGGAUCAGUACAGUGCUAUUGUGAGGAAGGUUUUACAGGGGCCCUUUGUCAGUACAGGACAAAUGUUUGUUCAUCUAGCCCCUGUAUGAAUGGGGGUCUCUGUAGCCAAGUAGGGGAGAGCUAUGUUUGUACCUGCCCACUCACUUUCUCAGGUAUGCACUGUGAGGCUGAGGCUGCAUGUAAUAGCUCACCUUGUAUUAAUGGGGGCUCAUGUGUAGAAGACACCCCUGGAGUCACCACAUGCCUCUGUACUGACGAAUACAUGGGGCAAUACUGUGAACAUCGCAAACCAUGCUCCAUGUUACCAUGCUUGAACCAGGGUGAAUGUACCGAUCUGAAUGAGGUCUCCUACUAUUGUACAUGUCCAUUCGAUUACACAGGAUCACAUUGCGAGACUUUCCUACCAUGUGCCUCAGAGCCUUGUUUAAAUGGAGCUUAUUGUUCAGAACAGGCUGAAAACUUUCUUUGUGUGUGUCGCGAGCAUUAUACUGGUAUUCACUGCGAGACUGCACUCCCUUGUGUCUCCUCACCGUGUUUGAAUGGAGCUACAUGUGAAAACUCAGACUCUGGAUUUGUAUGUUCAUGCAAAGCAAAUUAUGGUGGGAGUCGAUGUGAACAAUAUCUUGCAUGCUACAGUGGUCCAUGUCUUAACUCAGGAACAUGUCAAAACACGGGAACAACAUUUCAGUGUGAAUGCCCCAUUCAGUAUACAGGAUCACAAUGUGAGACCUACCAGGCUUGUUACAGCAGUCCUUGUCAGAAUGAAGGAGUAUGUGUCAACACAGGGGAUACAUUUAGGUGCGAGUGCACUGAAGGAUAUCUGGGUGACACGUGUGAUGUGGCAUCACCAUGUCAAAGUCAGCCUUGCAAGAAUAGUGCUAUAUGUAAAAAUGAGGGGGAUUCCUUCACUUGUACCUGUCAAAUACCAUACAUAGGAGAGACUUGUGACCAGAUCAAUUGGUGUAUUAGUACCCCAUGUCUGAAUGGUGCUUCGUGUGAUUUAUCAGCAGAUAGCUAUCAGUGUAACUGCCUAGCUGGAUAUACAGGGAAUACAUGUGAUGACAAGGUAGACUCUUGUACAGGUGAUGGUUGCAAUCCUGGGACAACCAUAGAACCAACUGGAUGUCUCUCUAAGCCCUGUUUACAUGAUGGGGUCUGCUACGAAGACAGCCUUGGAGUAUUUUGUGAGUGCAAACACCCCUGGGAUGGUAUCCUUUGUGAGCUUGGAGUAGAGGAAGAUGUUUGUGCUGUAAACCCUUGCAUAAAUGGGGAAUGUUGGCCAGUUGAUGGACUCCCAAAAUGUGAAUGCUAUGCAGGAUAUACUGGUAACUUUUGUGAGCAAUUGUUGACUGUGGCUUGUAUCGAUGCCCAGUGUAACGGUGGUGUAUGCUCAGGUGAUGGGGUCAGGUGUAUCUGUCCCCCAGGUCAAUUAGGGGCCCUAUGUGACAACACAGACCCAUGCUCAGACAGCCCAUGCUUAAAUGGAGCAACCUGUCUUACAAUAGAGCUGACAUAUAGCUGUAAAUGUAUAGAAGGCUACACUGGGGUACAGUGUGAAAUAUGUCAAGGUAGUAGCUGUACCAGUGAAACAACAACCCCUCGUCAAAGCACUACUAAGUCCCCUCCAUCAACCAGCAAACUAACAUCAACCAGUACGUCACCAACCACCAACACACCUACUGGCCCUUGUCUAUCGUCCCCUUGUUUACAUGGUGGCAGUUGCUAUAGCAACCAAGAUGGCUACAUAUGUGUGUGUACGCCAGGUCGAUCAGGUGUUAUAUGCCAGUUCUCAGAAUGUGAUGGUAAUCCAUGUUUAUUUGGUGGCACAUGCUCAAUCACAGACACGGGGAGGCUAUGUGAGUGUACUCAGGGACGAUCAGGGACAAUAUGCGAGAAUUCAGCCUGUGAUACAAACCCGUGUAAAUCUGGAGGCGUGUGUAGUAUUGACCAAUCAGGUGUGAGAUGUAGCUGUCAGUCUGGGUUUACUGGAGUAUUCUGUGAGGUUGCCCUAUGUGAUCAAGUCUCCUGCAAUGAAGGCCAGUGUGAGAUAAACAAUGAUGGACAUCCAAGAUGCGUAUGCAGUGGUGCUCUGGGGAAAAAUUGUGAAUUAAACUCAAUUGAAGUGACCCCCCACUUCAACCACAGUUCUUUCCUGACUGUACCAGGAAUGUUAGAUGCAACACAGUUCCAGAUAGAGCUUCAAGUAAAAGUAGAGUCAGAGAAUGGUCUCAUAUUGCACGCCAGCCAGUUUAAUGAACCUCUUGGCGACUUUCUUACAUUUGGGAUCAGCAAUGGGAAACCAACAUUAUGGGUUGAGCAAGGAACUGGCACCAUCAAAGUUCAAUCAUCAGUCAAUAUACUCAAUAAAUGGACCACUGUUUCCAUAAAUAAGUUUGCUCAAACCUUAGAACUAAGCAUAGAUGGCAGUAUAGUUCAAGGUCAAACACCUGGAUCCUCACGAGGGUUAGAGGUCAAAUCAGAGGUGAAUAUAGGUGGACUCCCUGAUUGGUCUAAAUUGCAUGACAUCAUCACCAUUCAGGAUGGAUUCACUGGUUGUAUUCAGUACCUGAAAACAGGUGUGCAAGGCCUAAAUGACAUUACAUGGAAUCUAGUUACUUCAAGUAGUGAUGUAGUAAAUUGUAAUACAUCACCUUGUCAGCAUCUUACAUGUCAAAAUGGUGGAAAGUGCAGCAUUAUAGGUGAUAGUGGGCACACUUGUCAAUGUCCUGUCGGAUUCAGUGGACCAUCUUGCACAAUAGUUAAACCAGUAUCCGUGCCAUACUUCCUUCAUGAAGGCUAUGCAUCUGUGCUGUUCCCACAAUCCUCUGAAUCGUUGACAAUGGAGUUUAGCAUCAAGCCAAGCUCCAGUACAGGAAUCCUCUUCUACAUAGCAGAGUCAAAUGAUUUCUUAGUCCUUGCCCUUGAGGAUGGCCAUGUAUCUAUGAUAGUCAACCUGGGUUCAGGGCCAACCAGGGCAUCUAGUGAGGAUAUAGCAAGCAUUAAUACAUGGAACAAGAUCAAAAUGACAUUAAAUGGAAGAAUUGGAACAUUGCGUGUCAAUUAUGGAGGCAUAAAGAAUGUCACUACUCCUGGAGCAGCAUUUGCCCUUAACAGUGGGGGUGUGGCUUAUGUGGGUGGAGUUAGCCCAGAAGUGACAUUGAUUGACACUAUAUCAGUGACACAAGGUUUUCAGGGUUGCAUACAAGAAAUUAAAAUUGGUCCAAAUACAAUUCAGCCCAGUGAUUAUACAACUGGAUAUGGCAUAGAGGAGUGCCCAUUUGAUCCAUGUGAUGUAAAUAGCUGUUCAGAUGGGUCCACAUGCCUAGCAGAAGGAAAUAUUUAUAAAUGUCUAUGCACAAAAGGGAAGGCGGGUCCUUUCUGCAAUGAAAGUGUCUGUGAUGUGUUACCAAGUAAUGAGAUAUGUCGAAAUGAUGGAGUAUGUAUUGUCAACGAUAAUGGUAGCACUCAAUGUCUCUGCACAUUGCAUUACACAGGUUCUAAAUGUGAAAAAGAUCUCAGAUUUUCUCUAGCAAGAUUUAAAGACAAUGGUUAUUUACGAUUUAACAAAUCGUUGGUAUUUGACGAUGCCACUAAAACAGGUAUACAGAUAGUAUUUAGGAUAUCUGCUGGAUUCACCAAUGGGCUGGUCCUAUGGUUUGGUCAGAAUCCUGGACAUUUCUUUUCUAUUGGUGUGGAGGCUUCAGUAUUAGUUAUAAGAGUGAAUAUGAAUGAGAUGGCUAUUCUCACUACAAAAUCGUUGGACUAUGACAGCUGGUACCUAAUCAAAGUUCUACGGAAUGGUGGAGCCUUAUAUGCUGAGUUGACAGACAGUCAAGGUUUAAGUUCUUCAUACAAUCUGACAUUAUUGGAAUCUCAGGGGGCCCGACUAGAUACCUCAAUGUCUGAUUUUUUCAUAGGAAGUCUACCUGAUUUAACCUUGGCAACAGGAGGAAUUUAUGAGCAUGGCUUGCGUGGAUGUUUAGCUCAGCUAUCUUCACAGUUGAAUGAAAAUACAUGGGACACCAUACAUCUUCAGGAUGACGCAUCUGGUGGUAGAGGAAUAGCAAUAUGUGAAACAUGAAUAUUCACCCAAAUGCAUCAUGUGGCCGAGGAAUAGCAAAAUGUGAAACAUGAAUAUUCACCCACAUUAUGAUGCAUCAGGUGGUCGAGAAAUAGCAUAAUGUAAAACAUAAAUAUUCACCCAAAU